ACCUCUGAAUUUUUUGUUUACUGAUGUUUACUACUCGAACUUGUGCAUAAGAAUACUAGAAGAGAGCGCUUGGAUUGGACGUUUACCCAUCAUGUCUUUGCGAAAUCGGCAGCAGAAAGCUGAAACCAAUAUGCUGGACGAGAGGUCUAGCUUGUUGGAUGGAAAGGUCAAUGACAGAAGGCGAGGAGCUCAGUGGUUUGGAUGGCAGCAUUUUAUCGUCUUUCCGCUCCUGAUUGGAGCGCUGUACGUUUUAUCUGGUUCUCGUCGAAGUCUGAUCAAUGAGUACAGUCUCCCAUCAUAUUACAUCAUUCACAAUGCCCGAGUCUACACGGUCGAUGAUGUACAACCGUUUGCUGAGGCGUUCGUUGUCCGCGACGGGCACUUUGUAGAUGUUGGAAGCGGGACAGAGUUACGGCAAGCCUAUCCGGAUGCAAAAGCGGUGGAUGCUGGUGGGCGGAUGAUUGUUCCCGGGUUGAUUGACGCGCAUGCGCAUCUCAUUGAACAGGGCCUGGCCCUCCUGCAGGCAGACGUAACAGGAGCCAUGACCCUAAGUCAAGUACGAUCUCGCCUCGUGUCCUACCUUGAUGCCCACCCUGAUAUUGAAAGUAACAAAGAAUGGAUUAUCGGCAAAGGAUGGGACCAAACUAAAUGGCCGGAAACAAAUCACCAAUUCCCGAACGCCUCCGAUUUGGAUCACCCCCGUCUUAGGCAUAUUCCCAUUUGUUUGUUCAGAAUUGACUACCAUGCGUUUUGGGUCAACGAAGCAGCUUUGGAAAAGAUUGGAAAAGUCCCGAAAAAGGUGGAUGGCGGGGAGAUUGUGCGUGAUUCGAAUGGACGUCUGACGGGUGUAUUUUUGGAUAAUGCGAUGGAUAUUGUUGACAAUGCGAUGGAGAGACCUGGCGAAAAGAGGCUGGCGGAGGCUAUCGAAGCCGUCACCCAGAGAAUGGUAUCGUAUGGUUUAACCGGCUUGCAUGAUGCGGGUGUGCUACCGUGGCAGCUGGACUUUCUGAAGAGCAUAGUAGAUGCUGGGCGUCUCCCGAUUCGUAACUACGCAAUGAUCAAAUGUCCGGAUCCCGCACAUUACUGUGGCGAUAUCGUGCCCCAGCUAUUCAAUUAUGGUGAUCGGCUGACAGUUCGCUCUGUAAAGUUGUUUCUUGAUGGUGCUGUUGGAUCAUGGGGAGCUGCCAUGAUUGAGCCUUACUCUGACGAUCCUACCAAGAGCGGAUUCUUGCGCAUGAAUGAGACCGAUCUGCCGGAUCUGGUGUGGAAAUGGAUUAGACAUGGAUAUCAAGUGAACACCCAUUGCAUAGGCGAUCUGGCCAACAAGAUCACUCUGGACGCCUACGAAGAGGCUUUUGAGCGUCUGGGAGAGCAAGGGAAAGACCUGCGGUUGAGAAUUGAGCACGCGCAGAUGGUGAGAUUGGAAGAUAUACCGCGAUUUGCACGGUUGGGUGUCGUGCCGUCCAUGCAGCCUACACAUGCGACGAGUGAUAUGUCGUAUGUCGGACGUCGGAUAGGCCCAGACAGGGUGCGCGGGGCUUAUGCCUGGCAGUCGCUAUUAAACGCUGGUGUUUCCCACAUUCCCCUUGGAUCAGAUUUCCCAAUCGAAGGCAUAAACCCGUUGCUCGGGAUCUAUGCUGCUGUGACGCGAACUGAUGUUGACGGAUCAUCGCCGCAUGGACCAACCGGAUGGUAUCCUUCUCAGAAACUCAACAGAACACAAGCUCUUAAAGGAUUCACGUUGGAUGCAGCGUGGGCCGCGUUUCAAGACAGUGAGCUUGGUUCGAUCACACCUUCCAAAAAGGCCGAUUUCGUCAUAUUUGAUACUGAAUUCAUGAAAGACGAUUUGCCUCCAUCAAAAAUAUUGGAGACACAGGUGGUGACGACAGUUGUAGGUGGAAAUGUUGUCUACGGGACGCUGGGUGGAUUCACAACAUAGAUUAGGCGUCCUUCAUUGAUGUAAAGAUAGAUAAGGUUAGAUGCGAAGUCUGCGAUGUGUCUAGAGCAUAUAUUACUGCCUUGGAGAUAUUUUACUUUCAAUAUUUGUCUAGUUUUCAAGAGAGACAAGCAGAUCGAUUUCACGGCGUGAAAACACACCUAGAGCA